GUGGUCUGGUGCCUGGUCGAAUGGACCUGGGGUGGCCCACCGCCAGACCAGUUGGCGCGCGGAGGGGACCCGGGGGGAAUAGGGGGGAAUACGGAGGCGGGUAGAUAGGGCCUGCGGGUCAGGGCCAUAUAUAUAUAUCCACACACGCGGAUAUAUAUCAGUGGAAGCCAAACAGGCAGAUGGCCAUACAUCCGCAUCCAGCCCCGACCUACCUCCCCCGCCUCGACACCUGCACCCACAAAUAUAUAUAACCACCACCGCCUUCCCCGGCGCACCCACCCUUUCCCCCAACUCGGCCCACGGGCGGGCCAGGGCCUCCUGGUGGCCAUAGCCCGGCUCUAUGCCCCGACUGCCGUCACUAUAUGAUCCCACAUGUCACCAUUGGGCUCGCCGCAACGGUCGGCCGAGGUGUCCACCCAGACCAGUUGGCCGCCCAGACCAGUUGGCCAGACCAGUUGGCCGGGUGGGCCAAAACGCCUAAGUACGCUAUCUGCCCGGGUUGGGGGCAAAUUCGGGUGGCCCACUUUGUAUGGGAAAAGUGACCGACGCACGGGCCACCCCAUACUAAAACCGUCCCCCCCAGCAACUUUCGGACACCUCAACGUUUGUGCGCACGAUGUGUGCCCAAGUGAGGCCGGUGGUACUACGUGGAAAGGAGGUCAACUUGACAGCCGGAAGCACCCCUCCCGGGGCACGUUUCGCGGUGUUCCUGAUGGCCUCCCGUCCACAUCUUCCCUGCUAGACAGGCUGCCUCUCCAUGGCUCACAGCGCCUGGGUCCUUCGGGCCUCGCUCGAGUCGUGGGAGCAGUCUACCGCUGGCGUCCUCUUCAUUGCGGACAACGGCGACCGAAGCCCGGGUGCCCCGCACCCGGCGCCGAUGGGGUCUCCGCCGUUCGUCGGCGUGUCCGUGGGGCCGGACCCCUCACUCGAGGACCGUAUGCCGCAGCCUGGCAGCGCCCGCAAGGGCGACCUGCCGGGGUUCUGCGCGCGGACCGGCUCCUGGAGGGCUACACAGUGUGGGCAAUUGGAUGGUCGCAUGUGUGCCGCCGGUACGCCGGGGGCGUCGCUGUGA